UGUUUGAUGGACAAAAGCAAAUUAGAUAAUAAUAAUAAGGUACUCGUCGUAAUCAGUUAACUAUCCGCGUGGUUUGUUAGUUUCGUUAAAUAAAUUGAAACUUUUGUAUGUUUGUACAUUUUAUAAACAUAAACUUUAAACUUUUACUAAAAAUUAUUUAUUUAUCAUAGCGGCGGAUAAAAAAAAACGGAUUAUCUAUGCUUAAUAAAUAGCUGCUUAUGGUUUGUUAUUGUACUAGGAUGACAACGAGCCGAAAAAUAAAAUACUUCAAACUGUCUCAAAAUAUGAAAUUUGGUCCUCACAAUAUCAGAACGAAGCAUUGAAUAUUUAGAAACAUAAUGUAAUAUUGACUUAACUGCCUUUUAUAAUUUAUUUUUAUCUGAAUGACGCUCAGUAAGGAUCAGGUUUUGUUUGGACGGAGGUAUGGUCCGAGGUCAUGUGGCUUUGUGCAUUGCGACGCUCGCGACGUUUGUGCGGUCAGGCACAGCGGGCAUUCUCGAAUGGGGACGAUCCAACCACAUAGAGGUCAACAUACCCUGGCUACCAUUUGAAAACGAAACAAGAUGUUACGACGAACUUGGAUGUUUAAAUAUAACCCGAGAUUGGUAUCAUCUUAUUUAUCGGCCAUUCAAUGUGUUUCCAUUAGCGAGACAAGUCAUCGACACAAGAUUUAUAUUGUACACACGGAAAAAUCCAUUACAGGGCCAAAUGCUGAAAGUGCAAUCGGAGAAAACAAUACAGAAGUCCAAUUUUGAUCCUAAAAAACCUACAAAAUUUAUUAUACAUGGUUUUAUAGACACGCCUUUGAGCAAUUGGGUCAAGGAAAUGAGAAGAGAACUCCUAAAGCAUUCUGAUUGGAAUGUAAUUGUAGUGGACUGGGCUGGCGGAUCUUUACCUUUAUACACGCAGGCGACAGCCAAUACGCGGCUUGUGGGAUUAGAAAUCGCCUAUUUCAUCAACUAUUUAAAAGAUAACGUGGGCUUAAAUCCGAAACAUGUUCAUCUGAUAGGACACAGUUUGGGCGCUCAUACUGCUGGUUACGCUGGUGAACGGAUCGAAGGGCUAGGCCGAAUCACGGGAUUAGAUCCGGCUGAACCAUAUUUCCAAGGAAUGCCUUCACACUCCAGAUUGGAUCCUACUGAUGCGCAACUCGUGGAUGUUAUACAUACUGACGGGUCAUCCAUAUUUUUAUUAGGAUAUGGGAUGAGUGAACCUUGUGGCCACAUAGACUUUUAUCCAAACAAUGGUAAGGAACAGCCUGGCUGUGAUCUAACGGAAACUCCAUUACCUCUCACUCUCAUCAAAGAGGGAAUUGAAGAAGCAAGUCGCGUUUUAGUUGCUUGUAAUCACGUAAGAGCCAUAAAACUGUUCAUUGAGUCUAUAAACUCUAAGUGUCCAUACAUCGCACACAAAUGCAACUCGUAUCAAAACUUCUUACAGGGUAAAUGUUUUUCGUGUAAGGAGAACGAUUCAGGAUGUGCCAUAAUGGGCUUAAAUACUGUAAGACCAAACCAUGCACCCGGUUCCAAGUAUUUCAUAUCUACUGGGAAAGAUACGCCAUAUUGUAGACGACAAUACAAGGUUAUGUUGGAUUUGGCGAAGCCACCUAGAGCUGAAUCCUGGGUUCAAGGUUUUAUGAAAGUGUCGUUACAUAGUGACAACGGAGUUAUAAGAAACCUAGAUUUGACUCCUAAUGGUUAUGAGCGUAUGGAGCACGGGACCAGCCGAAGCUUUGUGGUCACUCAUCCGGACGACAUAGGACAAGUGAAACGAGUAGAGUUUUACUGGGAGUAUGAUAUGGACGUGCUACAACCCAGGUCCAUAUGCUUUUUUUGGUGUAACGACCAUCUAUACGUGUCUAGUAUUGGUGUUACUGAGGCGGAAGAGGAUGGGAACAGAGGUAAACGAGGUAUCCAAGUGGAUACUAAACUGUGCAGUCAGGGUCCAAGAGAGUAUGCUGAUAUUGCUUCUAGGACUUCAGCUGUAUUCAUCGACAAAUGUGAUGACCAAGAGCUUUUAAACUAAUAAAAUAGUUUAUAUAUAAAGCUCAAGUAUUAUAUUAUUAAAAUUGGUUAAAUGUACAUAAGUUAUAUACAUAUAUAAUGCAUUUCAGUAUGCACUUUUGAAAAUAUAAAUGUACAUAAAUGUGUGAUAGAUAUUCCUUACCUACCUUCAAAAUGUUAUUCAUUUUAUAUCAAAAAUAUAAUGUUAUAAGAUAUUUUGUAAUAUAAUAUUAAUGUUUUCUUAUUUA